AUGCGCAAAGAACGGCGAUCGAGCCGGAGUGGGACAGAACAACGUAGGGGAAAAGGUUCUUUCGACGAGGUUAUGUAGUGCGGAGUGUGGCGAGUGCCUGACCAAAGUGCGGGUGCACGCCUCGUCGUAAUUAACUGACAGGCAUGAUUUUUGGAGAGGGGAGGGGGAGGGGAAGUUGAACGAUACGCCAUCUUUUGGUAGGGAUACCCCCCAUACACCGUCGUUGAUUAUUUAUCCGAUCAAGAGAGAGAGAGAAAGACGUGAGAAACAGGAAAGUUGAAGUGAAAAAGAGAGAAUGAAGAUCGAACAGACCACGGAUGACGAUGAAUUAAACUUUAGCCCACUGACGAGGAAAGAUAAAAACGUUUUGGUCAAGACCACAAGCCUCGGGUGAUCACAAGUGGAAGAUAAUCCUUACGGACGCUGUUCGGAAAAUGUUGUGACUCUGUUAGUGAUUGGCUUAACAAGUGCAGUAGACACGAUUCACCCCAAACGACAUUCGGUUGCUCUGAGCCGAAGCGAACCGCUUCAAUCAUGUGCCUCGUGGUGCAUUACUCCGAACACACAGUUGAGGCUUCAAGUUUUGUGAAUUGGUGUACUGAUUCUUUGUUCAAAACUUUCGCCAUCAAUAUCAAGUGCGUCAAUUAUUAGCUACAUAAAUUAAUUAUCGGUGCAAUCGGAGCGUUGGCGUAGGUGUAUCAACUCCCUUCCAGUAUUUUAACUACGUUGAAACUAUGAUAGACGUACGACGAUCCACCUUGUUACUGCAUUACAACCAUCCGCAAGGCGUGAAAAAACGGGGAAACGGAUGCAGCGAGGGCAGCUGAGAGACAUCACGUCCUGGAUGGCCCGUCUACUUCCGGAGCCAUCCGAAGGAACGACUAGUACAAUAAAAAUGUUCAGCUCAAAGAUAACGUCCUCCACAAGUACCUUUUACACGGACUUGCUGGUGACGGACGAAGAGGAGAGAUCCGUACAGCAUUCAAAUUCCCAGGAUAAUAGAAACUCACGAUUAUUAGAGUGCCAAAGUACGACGAGCGAGGAUGCCAACUCACAGGAUUCAGACUCGAUGGGCGGUUCGGAGGAUCAUCAGGACAACACCCGAUCCUCAUUUCAUAGGAUUCCAAAUUAUGGUGGAUUCCCGAGGUUUCAACACUUCGUUAUGUCAGCUUCAAGUCCAGCCGUAUGCGCGGAUGUUGACAGUGUGGUCGAACAAUCGUCGGAGUCGUCCUUCGUCAAAAUGUCGCACAGUGUCCUGGAGUAUCGUAGUAGCAGGUACGUCGUCGCGGAAAGGACUUCGCAUCAAUACGAGCUCGAUACUUACGCGAUCAGCGAAUCUGAUAGUGAAGAGGAGGCGGAGGAGCUGAGUGCUGAAUCUUCAAAAGUCGAGUCGUCGACGAGGGUGUACGUUGAAACGGAAUUGAGCUCGGAGCUAAAGAUAAAAGCGGAAAAGGAUGGGUUGGAUGAAAAGCAAAAAAAAUGUCAUCACAUAGCAAACGAAUUGCUGACCACCGAACGAAAUUACGUGAACAUCUUGCACCUGAUAGAUCAAGUCUUUCAGUUCAAAGUGGACCAGGAAAAUCGUGCUCAUCCAAUGUUUCCGCCGGAAACAGUGCAGCAUAUGUUUUCGAACAUAAAAUCGAUAUACAAGUUUCAUAACGAGUUUCUUUUGCCACAGCUUGAAGGCCGUAUGCAAUUGUGGAACGAUGAUCCUAGAAUAGGGGAUAUCAUGAAGAAUUUUGCACCAUUUCUGAAAAUGUAUACAGAGUACGUGAAGAACUUUGAUUACGCGAUGAACUUGAUAAAUACACUGCAACAGAAGAUUCCAAGGUUUGCGGCGAUUGUUAAUGACAUACAAAAACGGGACGAAUGCGCAAAGCUUUCAUUGGCCCAUCACAUGCUGAGUCCGAUUCAACGACUGCCUCGCUAUGAAUUACUUCUCAAGGAUUACUUGAAAAACCUUGCCGAAGACAGUCCUGACUACGAGGAUACAAAAAGAGCCUUGGAGUUAGUUUCGACAGCCGCCAAUCAUACAAACGAAGCAAUGAAAAAAAUCGACAAGUUUAAAAAACUACUCGAGAUACAGGAGAGCAUUUACGACGCCAUCGAUCUUGUCAGUGCAACACGAGAGCUUGUGAAGGAGGGAAAAAUCGUGAAAAUAUCAGCUAGAAGUGGCGAUCAUCAGGAGAGAUACUUGUUUCUGCUCAGCGAUGUCUUGUUGCUGUGUUCCAUGCGACUGAUACCUGGACCACUGUAUCGACUGCGAGCUAAAUUCAUGGUCGAGAACCUCGAAGUUAUCGAAGGAGACAACUUAGAAACGGCAAAUACGUUUUACGUAAGGGAUGAGAAGAAAAGUGUUGAAUUAUACACUCACACAGCGGAGGGAAAGGCAGCUUGGCUGGAGGCCCUAUUCAAAACAAUGCAAGAGAUCCUGAGGCGAAAGGCUAGUCUCAAAACCGGCGAGACUAAAUCAACUCUAGUCACCGCCGACGAUGUGACGAGGUGCAUGGUCUGCGAGGCAAUUUUUUCCGUCAUGAAAAGGAAGCACAACUGCAGAGCUUGUGGAAUAGUGGUUUGUAGCAAGUGUUCAAAUCAGAAGCUGUUGUUUGAGGACAACAAAAAUAUGAGAGUAUGUCGUUUGUGUCACGCGGCAUUGACGCAACCGCUGAAAAAAUCGCCCUCAUCACCGGCAGGACCAGCACAAAGUUUGCUCCAAGUAUCAGCGAGGGCGACGUCAGUAUUAUCCGGUUAUUUGUUGCUCAAGACGCAGGCCAGCAAACCAUGGACCAAACGGUGGUUCGCGCUGCAUGCAGACUUCGUUCUUUACUCUUUUAAGUCUGAUACGGAUAGUUUGGCCAUGACGGCUACGCCGAUGCCCGGUUUUGCUGUCACCGAAGGCUCGGAACUUCCAGAAGAGGAUCUGCUCAGUUUCAGGGAUCGGGAGGAUGCUUUUAAAAUUCAUCACUCGAAGAAAAGUUACUACUUCCAGGCACUUACCCACCAGGACCACGAGAAGUGGGUAAACGCAUUGCAAUUGGCCACAAGAGCUGAGCUCCCUUCUCCAGAGGAGGAUGUACAAGAAGACGGAGAAACAUAAUCGGAUGUUUCCUCUAGCAAUUAUUAGGGCUUAAUGAAAUAUAAUAAUUUAGGUAAGCAUAACGAUAAUAGACAAUUGUUUAACUGUAAUUAUAAUAAAUUAUACAAAACGAAAGGAAAUGUAAGAUAGAGUUUAGGUAUAUUAUUUAUAAAUGACGUUAACUCAUAUCGUACAUACUUUGUAUUUAAUGAAUGAUUAUUAUACGUACGUAACGAAAUUCACCAAUUGACUAUUGCUACAUGUAUUGCAAAUACGGCUAUUACUAUUUGUUGUUCGUUUUUUUUUUCAAUGUUACGUUAUCAUAUAUUUAAAUAUAUAUGUAUAUGUAUGUAAAACAUUCGUAAUUAUUAUUCGAAUGCUAAUCGCUAUACGCUGCCUAAAAUUAAACAAUCAAAUUGAUGUUUUAA